UUUUUUCUUACUGAAUUUCAAGCAUGUCUACUUUCGAAAAGACUCUCGUUAUUGAUGGUAAAGGUCACUUGUUGGGUCGCUUGGCUAGCAUUGUCGCUAAGCAAGCCCUCAAUGGUCAAAAGAUUGUCGUCGUUAGAUGUGAAGCCUUGAAUGUUUCCGGUGAAUUCUUCCGUAACAAGUUGAAGUACCACGCUUACCUUAACAAGCGUUGUGUCGUCAACCCCCGUCGUGGUGCUUUCCACUUCCGUGCUCCUUCUCGCAUCUUGUACAAGGCCAUCCGUGGUAUGAUCCCCCACAAGACUGCUCGUGGUGCUGCUGCCUUGGACCGUAUCAAGCUUUUCGAAGGUGUUCCUGCUCCCUAUGACCGCAUGAAGCGUAUGGUUAUUCCUGAUGCUCUUCGUGUCCUCCGUCUUAAGCCCGGACGUAAGUACACCACCAUUGGCCGUAUUUCUCACGAAGUUGGCUGGAAAUACCAAGAUGUUGUUGCCAAGCUUGAAGAGAAGCGUAAGGCUAAGUCUGCUGCUUACUACCAACGCAAGACUGCCCUUGCUGCUAUCCAAAAGAAGGCUGUUGAAUCUAAGGCUGAUGCCCUCAAGGAUGUUAACUCUGCCAUUGCUGCUCUCGGUCACUAAAUAUCAUUAAAAAAAAAAAGAAAGAAAAGACUUUCAUUAUGUUAUAAACAAAUAAAUUUUUUUUUUUUGAUAUUGUAAAAGGAAA